AUGAGGUUCCUCACGGGAUUGUCGUUACUAUCCCUUAUUCCUUCUUCGUUUGCUGUCCCCACAGCUAGCAAUCAGCCCAGCAAUGAUUUAGCUCAUGCUGAGCAGCCCUUGAUCAAGCUAAAGCCCCAGCGAACUUCUUCCCGCGAUCUUGUGAACCUCGACGGUCUGUGGAAGUUCACCCUCGCUUCUGGUGCCAACGACACGGCCCAACCUUGGACUGCGCCAUUCCCCAGGGGUGCUCUCGAAUGUCCGGUCCCAGCGUCUUACAACGAUAUCUUCGUUGAUCGGGACAUCCACGAUCAUGUUGGAUGGGUUUACUACCAGCGCGAUGUUUUUGUCCCAAAGGGCUGGUCUAAGGAGCAGUAUUUCGUGCGAGCUGAAUCUGCCACUCAUCACGGUCGUAUCUAUGUGAACGACCGACUUCUCGCCGAGCAUGUUGGUGGUUACACCCCUUUUGAAGCCGAUAUCACCGAGUUUGUCACUGCUGGAGAGAAGUUCCGCCUCACAAUUGGUGUCAACAACGAGCUUACUCACGAGACAAUCCCACCUGGAAAGAUCGAGAUCGGUGAAAACACCGGCAAGAAAAUCCAGACUUACAACCACGACUUUUACAACUAUGCUGGUCUUUCUCGCUCUAUCUGGUUGUAUUCUGUGCCUCGUCAACAUAUCGAGGACAUCACAGUUGUCCCUGAUGUUGACGGCGAGACUGGACUCAUCAACUACAAUGUCAAGGUGGCCAAGAACUCGACUGACAAGAUCAAGAUCUCUGUGAUCGAUGAAGAUGGAGCAGUUGUUGCAACUGCCUCUGGAACUGAGGGUACCGUCAAGAUCAACUCGGUCAAGCUGUGGCAACCUGGUGCCGCCUACCUUUACCAAUUCCAGGCCAACAUUGUGGAUGGCCGCGGCAAGGUAGUCGACACUUAUAGCGUAGCCACCGGUGUGCGCACUGUCAAAGUUGAGGGGUCCAAGUUCCUCAUCAACGGCAAGCCCUUCUACUUUACCGGAUUCGGAAGACACGAAGACACCGCAGUUCGCGGCAAAGGACACGACCAAGCCUACAUGGUUCACGAUUUCCAAUUGAUGGACUGGAUCGGUGCCAACUCUUUCCGCACCUCACACUGCCCUUACGCCGAAGAGGUCAUGGAUUUCGCAGACCGACAGGGAAUUGUUGUAAUUGAUGAAACACCCGCCGUGGGUCUGAACAUUGGUCUGCUGGGUGUUUCCGGAACAGAAGCCCCUAAGACAUUUUCUGAGGAGAACAUCAACAACAACACCCGGGAAGCCCACAAGCAAGCCAUUCGUGAACUCAUCAGCCGGGACAAGAACCACGCCAGUGUUGUCAUGUGGUCGAUUGCCAACGAGCCUGCCUCACAAGAAGAUGGAGCCCACGAAUACUUCGAGCCUUUGGCCAAGCUGGCUCGUGAGCUUGAUCCCACUCGUCCUAUUACAUUCGCCAAUGUCGGUGACGCAACAUUUGAAUCGGAUAAGAUCUCCGACCUGUUUGAUGUCAGCUGUCUCAACCGGUACUUCGGUUGGUAUUCGGAAACAGGAGACCUCCAGGAAGCAGAGCCUGCCCUUAAGAAGGAGCUGCGCGGCUGGGAAGAGAAGUUCAACAAGCCUAUCAUCAUGACCGAAUACGGCGCUGAUACCAUUGCCGGUCUUCACUCCACCCUUGGUCUACCUUGGAGUGAAGAGUUCCAGCAGGAUAUGCUCGCCAUGUAUCACCGGGUUUUCGACAGUGUCGAGUCCAUGGCUGGUGAGCAUGUUUGGAACUUUGCCGACUUCCAGACUACUUUGGGUACCAGACGCGUGGAUGGUAAUAAGAAGGGUGUGUUUACCAGGGACCGCAAGCCGAAGAUGGCGGCACAUGGCUUGAAGGCGAGAUGGACAAAUAUGACCACAAGUGGGUAA